AUGGCCGUUUCCAGAGCAACGGAGCUCCUCCCCCUGGCGAUCCUUAGGGCAGCCCUCGAAGAGGUCGUGAAGGAAGAUGGCGUCCCCCGUGGUGGAGAAAGUGGGGCGCCUGGUCCAGCAGCUCCGUGGCUCUCGGAAGCUCUGGCUCCCCGGGCUGACUCAAGUCAGGUGGACCCGAUACAGUCCUGCAUAUAUUGAUCCAGAGGUGAAUAAAGAAAGUUGCCGUAAAUCUCCAGAGGAAAUGUCAGAGGAGGAAAAAAAGAAACAGCAGUUGAAAACAACCCAGCCUGUAAAAGCCACUGAAUCCAGCGUCACCAGUUCUGUAUUUUAUGAUCCUGCGAUCAGCAGAUUUAUUAACAUGAUGAUGAAAGGAGGCAAUAAACUUUUGGCACGUACCAUCAUGAAUCAGACUUUAGAGGCCAUUAAAAGGAAGCAACUUGAGAAAUAUCAUGAAGCAGAUGAGGAAAUGAAAGAAGAAAUUGAGUGCAACCCUUACAAAAUCUUCCAUCAAGCAAUUGAAAACUGCCAACCUGUAAUUGGGCUUACAGGUAUCAUAAGAGGAGGUAAAAGGUAUCAGGUACCAACUCCUUUAAAGAUUAGUCGGCGGAGAUUCUUAGCCAUGAAGUGGAUGAUCACAGAAUGCAGAGAAAACAAGCACAGGCGAACAUUAAUGCCUGAAAAGCUCUCAAAUGAGCUGCUGGAAGCCUCCAACAAUACUGGCAACGUGAUAAAAAAAAAGCAUGAGUUGCACAAAAUGGCAGAAGCUAAUCGGGCCUUUGCUCAUUAUCGAUGGGGGUAAAGAAUAUGCUGUUGGAUCCAGUGUAUGAAGACUGUUGCUACCAGAAAAGACAACUUUUCGUUGUUUUAAUUCCAUAUGCUUUUUUUUGCAUAUCACUAAUCUGAGCAGAAAAUUGCCUGCUUCUCAUCAAAGAAUAUGAGCUGAAGAAAAUCAGGGUCCCCCUUUUCAAGCUCACAUAGGGAGUGGUUUUGAGCAUGUCACGUCCCAAAUGAUAUCAAUACAAAUCAUUGUUUAUCUCCAACUCUUGUGUUCAUCAAUUUCCAUUCAUUUUUUUGGAAAACUAACAAAGAAGCAGGUGAUUGAAGGCAAUCACAGCUGAAAAAUAGUAAAAAUGGAAACUACUUUCUGAUUUGUUCCUUGUGAAGAAAAACCUUAAUAUUGUAGGUUCUUUGCUGAAAAUAACAUAAAUGAGAGAUCAGUAGAAUGAAUAUUUGUCCCUGUUUACAUAUAUGUUAUCUCAUCGGCAAAAUAAAUGACACAAUUUUUAUCCUUAAAA